AUGGCAGAACGAGCCCCGUCACCGAUACUGUCGCUCGAUAUUCUUAGGUUCAAGCUCAACACAAAGAUCGACGCAAAGAACCAAAUUGUUGAGCACUCAGAGGGCAAGAGAGGGUGGUGGCCGGUCGUCUGGCCGCUGCUACAGGCAGGUACUAAAUGGAAGAGGGAGGAUAAGCUUGGCGAGGGCGGGUACGGAGAGGUCUUUCUUCAGCAGGAGCAGCGGACGGGGGAGUUGAGGGCGGUCAAGGAGAUAAAGCUGGAAUUUAGGAAGAUGGGGGAUCGACACAGGGUGAUUGAGCGGGAGUUGAGGACGAUGCUUGCGCUGAGAGAUAAUAAUCUGUUCGUGAAAUGCCUGGGAUGGUACGAGGACACGAACUCUAUCUAUAUUGCAAUGGAAUACAUGAAGGGUGGCGACUUAUCACAGUAUAUCAAGACUGAAUUCGAAUUCGGGAAGAUGUCAGAGGAAAAGGCCCGGCAAAUAGUUGAGCAAGUGCUCGAUGGGCUUGUGGUGCUGCAUAAGAAAAAAAUAUGCCACAGAGAUCUAAAGCCAAAGGAUCGUUCCCAGCCCCAUACCGACCCCAUACCCACACAUGGUCUACUACUCGAGUUCAGUUAUGAGCUGCAAAUAUGGAGGUCGUAUCAAGGUAAGAUUUCUAUAGUGGAGCUCAUCCUGAACAGAAAUAGUCUACCAAUGGGGACGCCGGGGGAGAAGGAGACACCAGCUAUCUAUGCCUAA